CGCACGCUCCGAGCCUCGCGCCUUUGAACAGCAGUUGCUCACUCGGAUGCAACGGGUCGGUAGCGGUCUCCCCAACGGGAGCCAGGUGGCGUCCCGGCGUCCCAGCGUGGCCCUUGCCGAACAGAACCAGGUGGCCACACUGCCGGUGCGGCUGCUCCGGGACGAUGUGGCAGCUGUGCCGGACGAUGUCCAUGCGAAGGAUGGCUUCCAGAUGAAGGUGAAUGCCCGCGGCUUCACCCCCGAGGAGCUGAUGGUGCAAGUGGACGGCAGAUUCUUGAUGGUGACGGGCCAGCGGCAACUGGAGGGCUGCAGCUCAAAUGGCUACAGCUACCGCAUGGCGCAGCAGGUGCACCAGCAAGUGCAACUACCGCCAGACCUGGAUCCCACUGCCAUGACCUGCUGCCUGACCCCCUCUGGCCAGCUGUGCUUCCGAAGCCAGUCCCCAGCGCUGCCUUCCCCUGAAGCCCAAACAGGACCGUCCCCAAAACUCAGGAGCCGCGGCUCUAAGAAGGGUUCCAACCUAGCCUGAGCCAGUAAACCACCACCGUAGUGUGCAGCA